AUGGAGCGGUGGCACAACAAGCUCGCUGUGGUAACCGGAGCCAGCGGUGGCAUUGGAGCCGCCUGUGCCCGGGCCAUGGUAGGAGCAGGACUGCGAGUCGUGGGUCUAGCACGUCGGGAGGCAAAACUCAAGGAACUUAGAGAAAGUCUACCGGCACAUCUGAGGGCGAAUUUCAUACCCCGUCGAUGUGAUGUCUCCAAGGAGGACCAGGUGAUCAGCUCGUUUGACUGGAUCGAACGGGAAUUGGAGGGUCCUGACGUGUUGCUGAAUAACGCAGGGAUUACCCGCGAGACGGAACUGGUAGCUCCGGGAAACACCCAAAAGUUGCGGGAAGUCCUCGACACCAAUGUAAUGGGCGUCAUCUGGUGCACCCGGGAGGCCUUUAACAACAUGAAGCGGAGGGGCAACGAGGGCCACGUUCUGAUCAUAAACAGUAUCGCUGGACAUCAGGUCCUCAAUUUUAUAGAUGUACUGCCCUCGUUUAAUAUCUACCCGGCCACCAAGUUCGCCAUCACAGCCAUCACGGAGACCUAUCGCCAGGAAUUUCAGCUUCACGCGAAAAAUAUCCGGGUGACUGGAAUAUGUCCCGGAGCAGUCAACACAAACAUCUUUCCGGAGGAGAUACACUUUUACGUAAAGGACAUGGCUAGGCUAGAGCCAGCCAAUAUAGCUGAUGCAGUACUAUAUGCCCUGCGUACUCCUCCUCAUGUUCAGAUCCACGAGAUAACUAUCAAACCAAUGGGUGAAAUGUUUUAG